AUGCACACAUGCCUUUCACUGUUUGUCCACCGGCAACAAAAUAACGACUUCAUGGGCAAAAUUAUGACGGGUGAUAGAAAGUAUAUUUUCUUGUUACGAGAUCCCGGGCAACCCAGGAGAACAUCGACGCCGAAAGAGGAUAUGAAGAAGGUUCGGCUGUGUAUCUGCUGGAAAAUCUGGCCCUCUUCAUUACCACCGUACUUCAAACUGCGAAAUGGCCAAACCGAUAGUAACCUGCGCGUCGGCCAGGCCGUGAGCUGUGAGGACACCCGCCUUCUCUCUGUGGCUGCAAUGAAAAAUUGGAUGGUCAGUGUCGCUGGUGCUCACAAGGGCCAUUUCAAGAGACGUGAUUCAUCCAACUCCGCCUCUCUGCCUCCUCCUCCUCCCCUCGGACUGCAUUUUGGACACCCUGCCCACGUUGAGGGGGAGGUGAGGCGAAGAGGACUGCCGGAGGAGCAGUGUGCUCAAACAGAGCAACAUAUGCCUUGGAGACUGCAUGCUGUUGCUAUGCCCCCGCACUCACGCCUCACAUCGCGCGUGCGCAGAUGGAAGAGCUUAGUGCUGGGAGCAGUGCAUGGCGCCCAGCAACGACGAGGCACCGUAAGCGGGCGCAGCACUUCUGCCAGCCCUGCAGAUGUCGGUGUGCCUUGA